CUAAUGUAAGCCAUACACGCUACGGUGUACCGGAGAGGUGACCUGUGCAGGUUUGCCUGCGGUACGGCGUAGCGUGUAUACCGGAGCGGUCUUCAAUUCUGUCCACGAUGGCAACGAUUGAGGACGAUGACGCGCUGGCAUUGAUAGGCCUUGCGGUCAUUUUGAAGAAGAAACAUACAAAAACAGUGAUAAAAAAGCGAAAAAAGUGGUAUAAACAUUGGCUAUUGAAGAGGAAAACCUAUAGUCAUGUUAAGCUAUUGAAUGAGCUAAAAUUCGAACCUGAAUAUUUUAAAAACUAUCUCAGAAUGGACGAGAAUACCUACCUAAAAUUACUUGUAAUGGUUACGCCCAUGAUAACAAGAAAGGAUACAAUUAUGAGGAAUAGUAUUUCUGCGCACGAAAGGCUAUCAGUUACCUUAAGAUUUCUUGCAACCGGCCGCAGUUACGAGGACCUAAAAUUUUCAUCAAUUAUUUCACCUCAAGCGCUCGGAAAAAUUAUUCCUAAGACAUGUGAGGCCUUGUAUAAGGUUCUCAGAAAAGGUUAUUUGAAGUUUCCUACAUCUGAAGAAGAAUGGAAAGAAAUAACAAAGAUGUAUGAAGAACGAUGGAACUUUCCUCAUUGUCUCGGUGCAAUAGAUGGGAAGCACAUUGCGAUUGUUCCUCCGGCUAAUAGUGGAUCAUAUUUUUAUAAUUAUAAAGGGCAUCAUAGUGUGGUUCUUAUGACAAUUGCUAAUGCAAAAUACCAAUUUGUGUACAUAGAUGCUGGAAUGAAUGGUAGAAUAUCCGAUGGAGGGGUACUACAAAAUACUGUAUUUUUUGAAAAAUUAGAAAAUAAUGAAUUACAUAUUCCAAGCAGUGAAACAAUAAAAGGAAGUAACCUACAUUUGCCAUAUGUAUUUUUGGCAGACGACGCCUUUCCAUUACGUCCCGAUAUGAUAAAACCGUUUCGCCAGGGAGAUUUAGCAUCCCGAGAAAGAAAAAUAUUUAAUUACAGAUUAUCUCGUGCCCGACGCACUGUAGAAAACGCUUUCGGCAUUAUGGCAUCACGAUUUCGGAUAUAUUAUAGUCAUAUAAAUUUAGAACCCAAAAAUAUCGAUAAAGUAGUUAAAGCUUCUUGUGCGUUACAUAAUUUUUUAAUUGAACACUCAAAAAAGUCUUAUGCACCUCUAAAAUGUUUUUAUCGAGAGAACUCUGAAAACAGAACUAUAAUUUCGGAAGGAUAUGCUACAAAAAAUAGUACGAUGGAAAAUUUAGAAAGAAGAAACCCAGGAAAUACUUUGAACACCGCGAAGACUGUUCGAGAAGACUUCAUGAAUCAUUUUAAUGCGGAGGGAAGAGUACCAUGGCAAGACGAUCAUGUAAAUUAACGAAGUAGUUUCAAAUAGCCUUGAACUAUCGCGUAAUCUCAAAUGUAAGCGAUAAUGUGUUAUAUACAAUUUAAUAAAAAUUACUAUGUACAAGAUAG